AUGCCUGACAAGCCUGCCACCGUCGUCGCGUAUGCGGCUGGUGCCUCUCUUGCCGCAAUUGCUGCCUUCUAUGUCUUUGGGCCGACCUUCUUCAUCGACGGCGAGAAUUCCUACAAUACCAACGAUGGCCGCAAACGCACAAUCAUCGGUCUGUCCAACCCGGCCAACGACUGCUUCAUUAAUUCGGUCCUCCAGGCCCUCGCUGGACUGGGCGAGCUCCGGCUUUACCUGAUCAAGGAAUUGCAUAGGAGACAGCUUGAUGGGCCCGAGAUUUAUGAAUCCGCCCCUCCCGUCCUGCGCAAGGGUGAAAGAGCUGACAGGGUUGUUGGUCUGCAAAAGGGUCCGGUCACUAAGGCGUUGAAGGAGAUGCUGGAUGCUUUGAAUGAGCGUCCCAUAUACAAGAAGACCAUUAGUGCAAGACCCAUGAUAGAGGCAUUGGAGAGGGCGUUCAAUACACGCAUUAGCCGGAAUCAGCAAGAUGCGCAGGAAUUUCUACAGAUUGUCCUCGAGCGGCUCUGCGACGAAUACCAUGCAGCACAGAGGGCACGCCUUAGGUUUACAAACCCAAGUCAGACCGAACAUACCGAAGAUACCUCUGCAGAUUCCAAGCCAUCUCCUACAGCUCGAGCAAUGACAGAGGUCACGAUAGGAGCUCGCGAGGGAUUCCCCUUUGAAGGUCGCAUCGAAUCCCACAUUCAAUGCCAGCGCUGCGGCUUCGAGACAAAACCUAGUGUCACAACCUUCGUCUCGUUAACCUUGAAUGUUCCUCAGAAGAGCGCUACUUCAUUAGACAAUUGUUUCGACAUGCUUCUCAAAAGUGAAGAAAUCGAUGAUUUUAAAUGCGACAAAUGCCGGUUGAAGCAUGCUCUACAAUGGAAGAAAACUAAAUUAUCGUCAGCCGCGACGGACAAGGACCAGGCAGCGUUGGAGAAAGACCUUGCUCUGAUCGAGCAAGCGCUACGAGAUGACCCAGAGAAGGCGCCCGAGGGGGUCAUCUUGCCUGACACGAGUUUGGCGCCAAAGAGCAAGAUCAAAAAAAUGACCCGCAUCACCGUGUUCCCCAAGGUGAUUGCUAUUCAUUUGUCUCGCUCAGUUUUUGAUCCAGGCAGCUAUUCGACCAAAAAUAUGGCCAAGGUGUCAUAUACGCAAAGAUUGCGCUUGGGGGGUUUGUUGAAUGAACAUUGGUACAAACUCCUGGGAGUGGUAUGUCACAAAGGCAGCCAUCAUAGCGGACACUACGAGUCCUUCCGGAGGAAUCAUGUGUAUGCUCCCUUCGCUACCCCUGAUCCGUUCAGUGCAUAUGCUAUCGCUACUCGCUAUACUAGCUUGGCUUCGUCAGCCACGCCUAGUCCAACUAUCGAGGCCACGCAUGGUGAUGGCCUAAAUGGGUCCGCUGCACCUCCUAAUGGGAACUCGACUACAUCACUGUCGACAGCCUCCCUAUCAACCGGGAACAGCAGACCAAAUUCUAACGGCAUGGAUGGCAAGGAUGCACGCCCGUUGACGCAAGAAGACAGUGCCAUGUCUCCAGUACAAAGAACGGACACUCACAUGUCGAAACAGAUUAGAACACAGGACCCAAUACCAGGCAAGUUCCGGCGACGGAAAAAAUCCAAUGAUCGGUGGUGGCGCAUUUCAGACGAUAAAAUCAAGGAGGCAAGGCUGUCAGAUGUUCUCUCAAUGCAGCGUGAGGUCUACCUGCUCUUCUAUGAGCUGGAACGACCAGGCGAUGAUCCUAACGCCUAA